AUGAUCUUCGAUCAUUAUCUCGCCAUUCAACCUUGGAAGCCUGAUUUUGAUCCAGAUGCUAUGGAGGUUACUAGGAUUGCAGCUUGGGUAAGGAUCCCAAAAUUCCCUGUCGAUUAUUAUGAUCUUGGUAUUCUCUAUGUUGUAGGAAAUCAGAUUGGACGAGUGCUUAAAGUUGAUAGAAAUACUCUUCGACACACAAAAGGCCGCUUUGCCCGUAUAUGCGUCGAGCUUGACUUGAACUCACCACUAUUGCCAUCUAUUUUUAUCAAUGGGAUAGAGAAAAAGAUUGUUUAUGAGGGGCUACACUCCAUCUGCUUCUCAUGUGGCAAAUAUGGGCAUGAGUCCGAUCAUUGUCCUAGCCACCUACAGGAACGCACUGUCAUAGUGGAGUGCCCAAAGGAAUUAGCAGUGAAUAACAAUGAUACAACAGCCAUGGCGACGACAAGUAGUGUUCAGUCGGUGGUGUAUGGAGAAUGGAUGGUGGCAACUCGGCGCCGACGACCGCAGCGGGGACAACAGUUGACGGGCGAGAAAUCUGGGCGUGAAUCUCGGCGUGACAACCGCAGUGAUCAGAAGGAAAAUAAGGGAGGCUCGAGAUUUACGGCUUUGAAUGGGAAUGAUGGAGAUGAUACGAUUGAAAUACCUGCUAGUAAUUCAAUUCUUGAUCCUGAGCGAGAUUCUAGCAACGGUCAGAAGCAGCAAGCUAAGGUUCACAAGCCACAUAAGAGUAAUAGUGAGUCAAUGAUGAAUAAUAAGCAUGUGGAAAACAGACAUGGACCCAAAGGUGAAGUGGGCUAA